AUGAAUCGAAACGUCGAUAACCCUCAGUUGAGCAUUGAUGGUAGCUCGGGCUCUCAAUCCCCGAAUCCUGUUGGCAACGAAGACGGCGGCGAUAAUGGCCGGAGAACCGUCGUAACGCCGCCUUGCCGGAGCUUACGCCCACCCAUUUCGCCGUAUUCCAAAAUCUCAACGAUCCAACAACAACUCGCGUCGCAGAAUUUCAGCCUCGGACCAUGCGUCCCGAUGAGGCCGGUGUCUCAGCUAUCGUCCCUCUUCUCCUCCAUGCCGCCGCUGAGGCCGUUGAGCCCUUCGACGCAGUUGCUCCGAGAUAGUACUCUCUCAUCACGGUCGUUGCUUCCGAUUCGGAGGUCUUCUCUUAACUCAGUGAGAGUCUCCGACAAAAGUACUACUCCUCUGCCACCACCGAGAACGGCUCGUAAACAGUGCACCACCAAUGAUGAUGUUCCUUUUAGGUCUGGUGCGUUUUUCGCUCCGAGUCCUACGGGAUGGAGCUAUCCGAAGCCGACCGAGAGCCCCGUGGUUGGCGAAAAGAUCCAAGAGGAAAAAAUGAACCUGUUCCUCUCAGCUGCGUGUGAUAUGAAUAUGGAUAUGGGAAAGAGUGAGGCUUUGAAAGGUAAUGAGAAUGUUGGAUAUGAAAUGGAGAAAACCAGCAGCGAGGGAAGAAGUGUGAAUGAGAUUGGAUCGGGUGCGAAGAGAAGAGCAGGCAAAGAUAUUGCUACUUCAAAGAGUCACUACAAGAGUCUUUCACUGGAUACUUUUUCCAUUGGGAAGUUUGGUACCCGUGUGGAAUCAUCUAACCCACCUCUCUCUCCGGGUUUGUUCUCCCCUACCGAUUCAGGUACCGGUGUGGAAUCAUCCACGCCACCUCUCUCUCCAGGUUUGUUCUCCCCUACCAACUCGGGUACACGUGUGGAAUCAUCCAAGCCACCUCUCUCUGCGGGUUUGUUCUCCCCUACCAACUCGGGUACCGGUGCAGAAUCAUCCAAGCAACCUCUCUCUCCGGGUUUGUUCUCCCCUACCCAUUCAGGCAUGGUUACUCCAUCUGAAAUGGAACAGAUUGAGGGGAAUGAAAAACCCGCGGGGUUGGCUAAAUCUUCUCUCAAGACGAGUAACAAAAGGAAGCAGGCAAACCGAGAGUCAGCUGCCCGUUCAAAGGAGAGGAAGGCGCAGUACGUGGCUGAUUUGGAAGACAAAUUACGGACUGUUGAGUUCGAGAAUGGUAGAAUAAGAAAUAAGUACAAUCAAUCGCAGAGAAAUCAGAUGGUGACAGAUAACCAGCUCAGAGAAAUGACGAUUCGUUAUGAAGCAAUGGAGGAAAAGGCGCGUAUUCUUGCAGCCUUGACUGAUCAAUUGACUGCACGGGUGAAUGAGUUAACGAAUGAGCUGAACCUAUACCGCAGAGAAGCUCAGAGAUCAAACAUGCAGCAGUCACUGAGCACAAAUAUGUUUCAGCAGCUCAAUAUCAACCAGAUGCAUCAGCCGGAGAGAAACCCCGAUUUCGAUGGAAAGAUCUAA